AUGAAGGGCUUCGUGGUCGACGUCGACGAGGGACCGCCGCACAGCCGGCCGCCGUCCUUCGCCGAGUGCUACGUCUGCAAGAAGCAGUUCGGCUCGCACUCCAUCGCGCUGCACGAGCCGCGCUGCCUGGAGCGUUGGCGUGCGGCGAACAGCGCACUGCCGACCGCCAAGCGCGCCGCCACGCCGGUUCGGCUGGACUCGCUGGGCUCGCGCGCGCCGGCUGUCGCAUCGCUGACGUCCUCGUGGCCGUCCAGCAGCGGCCAGAUCCGGCCUAAGGUGCUCGACGCGGACAAGUGCACCGAGGUCGACAUGUCGACGCGGCGCUGCAGCGAGCUGCUGGCGCUCGCCUCGCUGUCGAGCCGCAGCGGCGGCGAGUCGAGCUCGUCGCCCGACUCGGAGCAGGCGGAGCGCGACAACAGCCGCUCGUCGCCGGCGCGACAGCCGCACGGCGCGCGCCUGCCCUCACCGUGUGUCUCGUGCGGCAAAUCGGAAAACCCGGAGCGGUUCCACAGCCACCCGGAGGAGGCGUCGCGCUCACCGGCUCGCGCGCGCCGCCUCGUCAAGAAGCGGCUCUCGAUCCAGCGUCCGACGCCGGUGCGAUACAAGCCGCAGCCGUCGCUGGACCCAGUAGCGCAGCGCAAGCAGCAGCAGCGUCAAGAGAAGCGGCGCAAGGAGGCGCGCCUACAAGAGGACGAGGUGCAGCAGGAGCGCCGGCGGGAGGCGCUGCAGCACAACCUGGCACUGACGCUGGCCCGGUACCAGAGGCCGGCGCUCGGUCCCACCUUCAUUGUGUGCUACGUCUGUGGCCGCCAGUUUGGCCCCACAUCCAUGCCCAUCCACCAGCCGCAGUGUCUCGAGCGGUGGUACAAGUCGACAGCGGCGCUACCCCGGCGAAAGCAGGGCCCGGCGCCACAGCCACCCGACGAGCUGCCCGAGGGCGCCACCCUAGAGGAGUACAACCAGCUGGCCACCGACGAGGCGCAGAGGGUGAAGGGUGAGAAGAGACGUGCCUCCGUGGCAAAUCCCACCGAGUCGGACAAGGCCAAGUCGGAAGAGAGCUUGUUUUUCAUACAGUUUUAG